AUGGUGAGAACCAGAAAUCAGAGAAUGGGAAAGUUACCUCGAAGAGGAACAACCAAUAGCACCUCAAAACACACCGGCACUGGAGAAUCAUCGAACCCUGUAUGUGUCGAAGAAGAGAAUUCCGCCAACAUUGUGAUGGAUCCUGUUCCGAUAGCUAGAGUACCAUUCGGAAAACCCCAAGAACAAAGCACCAAUCCUCCAGGUAACUCGAAUCUCCCACUGAUAGAUCAUGAGGAAACCCCUAUACCCAUGCCCAUUGCGGCUGAUUUCAGAGACAAUAGGAUCGUUGUUCUAAAUGAUAUAGUGGUACAACUUCGGUUUUCCAUAAACCAAGGCUGGGAACCGGAUAUGGGUUCCUAUGUCAGCUCCGAACAAGAGGACAAUCCAAGGGAAUCAGAAGUUGAGGGACACACAGAUCCUCACAAUCACGAGGAAGUACAUCCCUCAAGUCCUAACAUUGAUGAACAAACCGUAAUUGAAGAAACCCCCAAUCCAAUUCCUCAGGUCUCCAAAAACCCUAGAAAGAGGAAAAUGCCUGACCCAUAUGAAGGAGCUGAUCCAAGGGCCAAAAGGCCAAAGGAUGAACAAAACUGGGUACCAAAUGAUGAAAUUGAGCCCUCUGGCUGUGAGAAAAUAAGAACCCGAGCCCAAAAGAAAACCAAUCUAGAGAGAAAACAGCCACAAAUCACCAAAGUGUCCAUCAAAGCAAAGGGAAAACAAAAGGCAACUGCCAAAGAAAAAGGGAAACAGAAAGUAGUUAGCACUGAUGAUGACCUGUCAAACCUACCCAACCCACACAGUACAACCUUUCUAAGUAAAGAGUCUGGAAAAUUAUGGAAUAGAAUUGUGGAGAAAAGGAUUAUAAACCAAAAAAUUCUGGACACAAACAAACUGGACAACUCAGAACAGAUCCAAGAAGCCCUCAUCACAAACCAACUCCUAGGAACAGUCACCAAUAUAGAACCUUAUGAUGAGGAAGUAAUCCAGGAAUUCUACUGUAACCUAACCAAAUCCACCACAAUUCCCAGUAGUCCUAUGUAUGGCAAAAUAUAUGUGAGAGGGAAAUUAUAUGAGUUCACACCAGACACAAUUAACAACUACCUUGGAACAUCUGAGAUUGAGCAAGAAAUUGAACUAAAUAGUGAACAAGUAGCCAAGGAACUCACAGCAGGAAAUGUUAGCUUUGAAAAGAACAAAAUCAAAGCAGCUUCUCUUACCAGCAAGUAUGCAAUCCUACAGAAGAUAGCCCUUGCAAACUGGAUGCCCUCACUUCAUGAAUCCACAGGCCUCAAGACUCAAGGAUCCAAGACCACAGUCAAGAACUUCAACACAACUGUCAAACUAAGGAAGGGAAACCACCAAAAUGAUCUUAAAUCCACAGCUCCAAAUAACAACCCACUUGACUCAAAAACACUGAUCACUUAUUUUAAAGGCAGAUUGACAGAAUUGGAAGCCUCAGAAAAACAACUACUGAGAAGACACAUGAUCAUCAAGGAAGAAAAAGCUGAAAUAAUAGAAUGGCUGGCAGUAUUAAAGGCAGAAAUUGAAGAUAACCAAGAGCAAGGAACAGAAGAAGAUAUUCAAGAACACUCUGAGGAAUCAGAAAAUGAAGAUAAUCAAAGUCAAAACCAAGGAUCAGAAGAAGACAUCCAAGAAAGAGGUGCUGAAACACCAGUUUCAACACCAGAACCAGGAGAAAGAGAAUAA